GGGCGGGGUCAGCGCCGGGCUCCGGAGACCAGCCACGGAAGUCGGGGAACCAGGAGUCGGAGGGACAGUGUGCAGGUCCCCUCAGCAGCCUAGGAGUCGGGGAACGAACGACCAACGGAGCCAUGUGGCUGGAAAUUCUCCUUGCCACGGUGCUGGGCUUCGUCAUCUACUGGUUUGUCUCCCGGGACAAAGAGGAAACAUUGCCACUUGGAGAUGGAUGGUGGGGGCCUGGGCCACGGCCCGGGCCCGCAGCCGAGGAUGAGAGCAUUCGCCCUUUCAAGGUGGAAACAUCGAACGAGGAGAUCGACGAUUUAUACCAAAGGAUCAAGAAGGCCCGUGUAACCCUGCCAUUGGAGGACAGCCGCUUCCACUACGGUUUCAACUCCAACUAUCUGAAGAACAUCCUCUCCUACUGGCAGAAUGAAUUUGACUGGAGGAAGCAGGUGGAGGUUCUCAACAGAUACCCUCACUUCAAGACUAAGAUUGAAGGGCUGGACAUUCACUUCAUCCACGUGAAGCCCCCCCAGCUGCCCCCUGGCCGCACCCCCAAGCCCUUGCUGAUGGUGCAUGGCUGGCCUGGCUGCUUCUACGAGUUCUAUAAAAUCAUCCCGCUCCUGACUGACCCCAAGAACCAUGGCCUGAGUGACGAGCACAUUUUUGAAGUCAUCUGCCCUUCCAUUCCUGGCUACGGCUACUCAGAGGCGGCCUCCAAGAAGGGCUUGAAUUCGGUGGCCACCGCCAGGAUCUUUUAUAAGCUGAUGCUGCGGCUGGGCUUCCAGGAAUUCUAUGCUCAAGGCGGGGACUGGGGUUCCCUGAUCUGCACCAACAUAGCCCAGAUGGUACCCAGCCACGUGAAAGGCCUGCACUUGAACAUGGCUUUCAUUUUAAGAAAUAUCUAUACCCUAACCCUUUUCCUGGGACCACGUCUCCAGAAGUUUUUUGGCUACACAGAGAGGGAUGUGGAGCUGAUGUUCCCCGUCAAGCAGAAGAUUCUAAACAACAGCAUGAGGGAGAGUGGUUACUUGCACAUCCAAGGCACCAAGCCAGACACCGUGGGCUGUGCCCUGAAUGACUCUCCCAUGGGACUGGCUGCCUACAUUCUAGAGAAAUUUUCCACCUGGACCAACUCAGAGUUCCGAGACCUGGAGGACGGCGGCCUCUUACGGAAGUUCUCCCUGGACGACCUGCUGACGAUCAUCAUGAUUUACUGGACAACGGGCACCAUCGUCUCCUCCCAGCGCUUCUACAAGGAGAACCUGAGAGGCGGCUUGUUGGCUGACAAGAACCACUGGAUGAAGGUCCGGGUGCCCACAGGCUUUGCGGCCUUCCCCUGUGAGUUACUGCACGUCCCGGAAAAGUGGGUGAAGGUCAAAUUCCCGAAACUCAUCUCCUACUCCUACAUGGCCCGUGGGGGCCACUUUGCUGCCUUUGAGGAGCCGGAGCUGCUGGCCCAGGACCUCUGCAAGUUCGUGGGGCUGGUGGAGCAGCAGUGACGCGUCACAGGGAGGCCCUGGCCCUUGGUGGCAGGCUCCCUCGCAGACACCUGCCCUCUCUCCUGGGAGUCCUGGCCUCCCAGGGCUAGCUACCCUCAGAGUAGCGCUGGCAGGGGCGCCUCCAUCUUCCCUUGGUAAAGAGGCCCCUUACCUGAGACCCCUUACCCUUGCCGGGACCCCACGCUCACCACCUCCACGCGCACUUCCCCACACACAUGUGAAGCAAUGUGGCUUU